CACAAACUUACGUUCCUUAUUGCUGUUGUUUCUCUUGUUUGAACCGGUACCGGUUUGAGGUGAUAUACUGGUGAACCGGAACUCCGGCGUCCAACAGAAGUUAAGCUAGGUUGAAGAUCAUGGGAAGAUCGAGCGACUGAGAAUCUUGAUUGGGAAGCUAGUCAUCGUCCAGGAUUUCAGAUAUUGCAGAGAAAAAUCAGAAAACCAGGUUGAACUAUGAUCAUCGACUGUCUUUAACAUGCAAAUGGAGCCACAAGGUUGCCCUAAUUGUGAGCCACAGCCUUGUUUCAACAGCAUAUUAAUCAAUCAAGAAAGUAUUCCAGAGAAAGAUGUUGUUUGUAAUGUGAUUACGGAAUCUCAAAGUCAUGAUAUCCCAAAGCCAGUGAAAAAGAAAACACGCCAAUGGGCUGCUUGGACUCGUCAAGAGGAGGAAAGAUACUUCACUGCAUUACGACAAGUCGGCAAGAAUUUUGAGAAGAUCACUAGCCGUGUCCAGACUAAAAAUAAGGAUCAGGUUCGGCAUUACUACUAUCGUCUUGUGAGGCGCAUGAAUAAGUUGCUUGGUCCAGGGGUUUGCCUUGAUGCUAAAAACUCUAAAGAUACUAAUGCUGCAAUGCUUAGAUGGUGGUCUUUACUGGAGAAGUUUAGCUGGAAAGUCUCAAAGCUCCAUCUGAAACCUCGGAAGUUCAAGAUAUUUGUGGAGACCUUGGAACACCAACUCUUGAAAGACCAAAGAAAAGGCAGGAAGAGAAAGCAACCUGAACAAGAAAGCCCACCUCCUGCGAUCCUUCCACUUGCGUCAAAUCAAACCGGAGUACUGGGACAGGACAAUGCUGCUGGUAAAGUCAUUCUAGAUAAUACCCAAAACAUUACAAAACAGGGAGUAAAAGGAUCUUCUACAAGAAGGAAUGCAAAUACGAAAAACAAUGGGAGCAACCGCAAAGUUGAAUUUCCCCCGGUUAAAAAGACGUCACAGCGGAAGAAACCAAGUACGGCCUCUACUUCUUCGUAUAAGAAAUGGGAGAAGGCAGCAAUGGCAGGUGUUUCAUUGGUUGCAGAUGCUGCUGAGCAUCUGGAGAGGGAAACUGUUGAUAAAGAGAAUACAUGUGUCAACGCCUCACUCGGGCAACAUGCUUGUGAUACUUCCAGAAAAGAUAGUACUCCUCCGCAAGUUAACUCACCAAGAAUCUUCGAUUUCAAUAAUGUACAAAGUCCUGCAAAACUUAAACUCCAGCUGUUCCCAGUUGAUGAAGCUACGAGAAAAGCCUUGGAAAUGGAUAAUCAUAAUCCACACCUAGAGCUUACACUUGGUAUACGAAAGAAAAUCUCGUCGGUGCUGGAACAUUUGAACCGGAAAUGGGGAAAUUGUAGCUUAGCCUCUGGAGAACUAGUGCUUUUCCCUUACAACAUCUUAAUAGAAAACUCAAAUGCUCAUCAGAGAUGGACUCAGGAUUCAGUACUUUGUGCUGGUGAUAUACAUGGCUUAAUUGGUAGCCCUCAGUUUUUCCGCUUAAGGUAUGGUUGGUUUUGCAAAAAUAAACUCCCUCAAGUGCCAUUGAUUCCCUCUUGCACUAAUGGUGUAUUUGGGUCCUCCAGUAUUAACAACUGUAAUGACCAUCUAGAAUCUUCUAACCAAAUGAGAAAUAAAUCAUUGCUCAUAGAGACUAGCAACCAAGAAAUUGCAAGAGAAAAGGUCAAUAAGGAUGAUAGGAGACUAAGGACUGGAGCUUCCUUGUCGGUUGGGGAAUGGGCAGAUAGUCUUACGAAUAUAAGUGUGGGGGAUUUACUAACAGGCGUGCCGGAAGAUAUAAACUCCAAUUAUGUUGAUCAGCCUCAAUCUAGAUACUUUCAAAGCCUUGAGCCGCAGUUACCCUUCAAUAGUGAUUCGUUUGAUGCUGCCAUUGCUGCUCAUGUGCAAAGAUAUAAUCAGAAACAAACUAGUUUGGGACCAGCACCUUCAAUCUGGGAUGCUGAAGAAACGUGCGAUGCAUUCUCCUUCCGGAAGAAUUCUGUUCAACCGGAAGAAUUGCAUUCCAUAUCUAACAUGCUUGUAGAGGAUUUGGCAAAUAAAGGCGAGUCUGCCAAUGGUGGAAAUAUAAUUGAUGAUUGUCCAUUCGAUUCACCUAUUGUAGAGAAUUCUCCAAAGGAUCUCAAUGGUCUUACUGAUAUAUAUUGGACCGACUCAUUAGGACCUCUAGGGAUGGAUUUUUGCUCGGCGGAAGAUGUACUUUUAAGCAGCAGUCUGAACCGGCUUCUUGCUAACAGUUUGGAUGCAUUUCAAUACUGUUCCAUCAGCAUGGACAAGAAGGAGAAGAUGGCGUCGACUGAAGUUCAGAAACAGAAGGAGAAUGCUGCUAAUAAAAAUACCAGUUGAUAAAAUCGAAACUAUACUAUACAUAGAAGAAGUUGAAGUUAGAGCAACCUUGAUGGGGAGAAGAUCUAACAGAUUGAAAACAUAGAUGCUUCUCUAUUGACUUUAGGGUGGCUUUAAUCAUCAAUGUUUGUGUAUGCUAUUGUACAAAUGAUAGAAAGGGAUAUGCAGAGAAGGCUUUCAAAAAAAAAUAUCUCUACCCAGUUGGUUUUUAUGUUUGGGAUUAAGUUUAGUACAUAUGUUGUAGGAUUUGGGACCUUUAAAUAACUGUAUCUUUCAUUUUAAUCAACAAAUCUAUCUUCUGAA